AUGGAAAACCAUACCUUUGUCACAGAAUUCAUCAUCCUGGGAUUCUCCAUCAGCCCAAAGGUGCAAUUCUUCCUCUUUGGAUUGUUUUCCAUAGUUUACACUUUCUCUCUGAUUGGAAAUGUACUUAUUCUUAUGUUAAUCUAGCUGGAUUCCAUUCUCCACACUCCUAUGUAUUUCUUCUUGUGUAACCUCUCCAUACUGGACAUCUGCUAUGCUUGCAAUAAUGUCCCCCAUAUGCUGAAGAACCUCCUUUUCCAGAGGAAAACCAUCUCAUUUGCUGCGUGUGGGGUACAGAUAUAUCUCUACUUAGCUUCAGCCCUCACAGAAUGUGUAUUACUGGCAGUGAUGUCCUAUGAUUGCUAUGUGGCAAUAUGCCACCCCUUGCGCUACGAUCUCAUUAUGAACUGGAGAGUGUGCCUCGUGCUGGUGGCAUGUUCAUGGGUCUCUGGGUUUCUGUGUGGUGCAUUACAAGUGAUUCUUACCAUGCAAUUGCCCUUCUGUGGGCCCAGUGAAGUGGACCACUUUUUCUGUGAACUCUGCAAUGUAAAGCUGGCCUGUGCUGAUAUCACUGUCAACAAAAUUGUCACAUCUGCUAUCUCUGUGUUCUUCCUCCUGUUUCCCUUCAUCUUAGUUCUUAUUUCAUAUCUAUAUAUCCUAGUUGCCAUCCUGUGCAUCCACUCUGCUGAGGGACGGCGCAAAACCUUCUCUACCUGUAGCUCUCACCUGACUGUGGUGGGGCUCUUCUAUGGAACGGCCAUCAUCAUGUACAUGGGACCCACUAGCAGCAACUUAGCCAUUAGAGAGAAACUUCUUUCCCUUUUCUACAGCUUCCUUAAUCCCUUGCUGAACCCCGUGAUAUACAGCCUGAGGAACAAACAGGUGAAAGGUGCCCUGGUGAAAGUUCUCAGAAGGGAGAGAAUCUCUGCUUCCACAUAA